UGCAUAGACGGGACCACUUCGAUAAUUAAUGUGUGUACCACUUUAACAAAGUUGAAAGGUCACACGUCCACGUGGUUAUAUCAAUAUGGCAGCUCCCUGAAUCGUCUUUUUGUGUUUUUAAAGAAGCGUCAGAAAUUAUGGCAGAUUCUAGUAGCAGCGCUGUGAGUGAAGCAGCACCUCCAAAGGAGUGUGACGCCACUGACUCCACAAAUGAUGUCAGCACGAUUUCUGACCCCAGCAUGUAUGGCUACAUCAAAGAAGACCUCUUUACGUCAGAGAUCUUUAAAGUGGAAAUUCAAAACCUGCCAAGGUUCAUCGGCUUCAACGACUUGAAGAAGUUUCUGGCCAAGCACGGCCUCAACCCGCAUAAAGUCAAGCUGUUGAACAGGUUUGCCUUUGUCACUUUUAAGAACGAGGAGGAGCGUGACAAAGCCAUGAAGAUGGUGCAUGGGAUGCAGUGGAAGGGUCAUGUGUUGAGCGUCAAGCUGGCUAAGCCCAAAGCAGACCCCAUUCAGAGGAAGAGAAAACAAGAGGAAGGAGAAGGAGCUCGAGGGCAGCCUCCUUCCAAACGAGGAGAAAGCGAUGAGAAGGGUGAAGAGGAGGAACUGAGUGUCCAAAUCGCCAAUGUGGUGACGCCUCUGUGGAAUGUGCCUUAUGAGGAGCAGCUAAAGAGGAAAGAGCAGGAGGUGGUGGUAGUUCUGCAGAGGUUGGCAAAAGAGAUUGGCAGCACCAACAAAGCUAUGUUGCCUUGGCUCUUUGACGUUAAAGGAAAACACAACAAAAUGUGUUGUCCCCUGGAAACUAUUCGCCCAUCUCCUACACAGACCAACUACAGAAACAAGUGCGAGUUCAUUGUCUCCAUGGGCGCGGAUGGGGAAGAUAAGACCGUCGGUUUCCGCCUGGGGAAAUACAAAGGAGGCUCCUGCACUGUGGUGGGACCAGCAGAAGCGUGCCAUGUCACAGCCGAAGCCAAGAAAGUCGCCUACGAGUUUCAGAAAUUCAUCAGGUCAACACCGUACACCGUCUACAGUCCUGAAACUUAUGAAGGACACUGGAAGCAGCUGACUGUUCGGACCACCAGGACCAAACAAGCCAUGGCGAUGGCAUUCUUCAACCCACAGAAACUUGAGGAAACGGAAUUGGACGUGUUAAAGAGCUCCAUGAAGAAGUACUUCACAGAUGGAGAGGGCAAAGACAGCGGCAUCACCUCCCUUUACUUUGUCAGAGAGGGCCAAAGACAAUCUCCCAAUGCUGAAGACUUGCCGUGUGAGCUGGUGGCAGGAGACGGAUACAUUUAUGAGGAACUCCUCGGUCUUAAAUUCAGAAUAUCUCCUCAUUCUUUCUUUCAGGUGAAUACUGCCGGUGCUGAGGUCCUGUACUCUGCAGUGGGGGAAUGGGCCCAACUGGAUCAGGACAGCACAGUAUUGGAUGUGUGCUGUGGGACUGGAACUAUUGGCAUGUCUCUGGCUAAGCGGGUCAAGAAGGUUAUUGGAAUUGAGCUGUGCCAGGCAGCGGUGGAGGAUGCCAAAGUCAACGCAAAACUUAACGGUCUUACAAAUGUCGAGUUUCACUGUGGGAAAGCUGAAGAUGUGUUCCCCAACAUUCUCAGUGCUCUUGUGUCACCCAACAUCACAGCCAUUGUGGAUCCACCAAGGGCAGGAUUACAUUCCAAAGUGAUACUAGCCAUCAGAAGAGCAGAGCAUCUCAAGAGGUUGAUUUAUGUAGCAUGCAAUGCCAAAGCAGCCAUGAACAACUUCAUUGACCUGUGCAGAGCCCCUUCCAACAGAGUUCACGGAGCUCCGUUCCGACCUGUUCGAGCCAUGGCUGUGGAUAUGUUUCCUCAGACGAUGCACUUUGAGACGGUUCUUCUUUUUGAGAGGGAAGACAACAGUCAGCGGCAGAGCAAUAAUCAGGAAGAAACAGUAUGUCCAUCUUUGAAACCUUUGCAAAAUUAAUACUCUAACACGCUGUCCAAUGUGGCAGUUAAACAAUAACUGUUAAUGUUUUGUUGACUGUGAAUUUGUCGAAUUGAAUCCUUUUUUUCCCUUUUGAAAAGUCUAAAUCGUAGUUCUUCCCCAAUACUCAGUGUUGGGCUGCAUAUUUCUUGGAAUAAAAUUUCAGUUAUUUCAAAACUACACUUUUCUUUUAAAACAUGACAAACAUUCUAGUCAAGACACUUUUAUUUUGCAUAAAUAUCACCAGUCAUUGAGCUCAUGUUGCAAUACAUACUUCAUAUUCUAGGCCACAAUCUCCCAAGCGAAUCACUGGUACAAUUCAAAAGCAUGACAUGGCGAAGCAGUUUUCUCACACGGCGACACAAAACGCAUACACACGAUGACAAAUCAAAUCAUAUCAGCCUUGUGUCUGAACGAUGUCACAAGCCAAAUACUUGAUACACAGCAAUUUUUAUAUUUUAAGUGUUUUUCUGUUACGGUUUUGUUUGGAGUUUGCAGCAACAUUAGGUAGUCUAUAAAAUGCAUAUGACUGGAUUUUUUAGGCUUUGGUAUACAGUUUCAUAAGCUUGUGUUGGACUUAAUGACUUGAUGUCAGUCAGCCAACUUAAUUUUUGCAAAAGAUGCAUUCAAGCGCAAAAAAAUAUUGUACUUAUGGUCAGACGCAUGGAUAAGCUCUCACAAGAAAGGUAAAGAUUACAAAAUCGAUACACAACUCAACAUUAAGACACGUCUUUGCACAUGCUGUGGACAUACAAAACUACAUUUGCUAGACAAUAAAUGCUUUAUUUUGUAGAGAGGGGACUUGGUCUUUUCACUUUCUGCUCAAGUUUUAGGUCCAAACCAAAGACAGGCCAAGCCCUUCAUGAGAUGGAUUAACUAAGGCAACAUGUAGACAAUUUUAAUAUAGUUUAGUUUGUGUACCAAAAAAAAUGCUCACAAAAUGGUAAUGUGGGUGGUAUUAGUAUGCUAAAUUAAAAGUAGCCAAUCACCCUAAAGCAGUGGUUUAAACAACAGGACACAAGUGCAUAACAAAAUUAGGAAUAGUCAUCACUUCACACAGCAUGAUGCAAAGCAUGCAAAUCAAGACGACAACCUGUCCGUUCUGAAGACACAAUGGCAUAUUUGUACUCUCCGAUAUUAGCCGAUAACACCGACUAAUAAAACACGUCGUUUUGCUUCCCAAAUCAAAAUGGUACAAAUACAAGUAGUCCCUUUUCUGCACACAACAAAAACACACAGGUGCUGGUACUGUUAAAACACUUAAACCAUGGUAGGUAGUGGUUCUUGCAGUCAGAUGUGCAUGCAUUGUACUUGAGUUUGUAAGUCAUGCUAUCUUCUCUGCACUUUAAGGGACUUUUUCCUGUACCGUAGCGGGGAUGCAUUAAGAGAGGUAGAUGGUAUUUGCUCUAUGGUCUGUUAGUGCAUGUCGUCCUAUCAAGAUGUCUACCAGUCAAUCCAAACAACACAUGGGCAAAUGAAAGUAAGCAGUUCUAACGGCUAUUACGAUAUGUUCCUACAUAGCGAUUAUGUUGCGGUGCUGAAUGAGUGUGUGUGUGUGUGUGUGUGUGUCUUCCAAUUAUUCUGGUGGACCUAAACAUCAACAGUGCAGAGAGGUUCACUCCCUGGCUGGGCAGACUCCAUGAUGGUCAUCUUGGGUUUCUUCCUGGUUUCCUCCUGUUACACAAAUAGAAUCUUAAAAAAGGAGCUGAAGAACCUGCAAGACCCGUUUAUUCAAACUGGUGGGAGCAAUCCAAUUUGUGUUAUGUUUAUCCAAACGACAUUAUUAACCAAUAUACUAACACCACACUUAUAACCAUUACGUACUUUUCUAUGUCUUGCUGGUAGGGAUGUGGACAAGCCUAUGCAUUAUUCAUACCAUCCAUAAUCCAAAUGUAGCUAAUCACUCUCCUCACAUGCACUGCAGCCGUCCUCUUUGCGCACACGCACAGAGCCUGAUAUGUUCAUGGCCACACAAAACAGUUGGACAUUCAAACUUUUAACACCCUAUAACUUCCAGGUCACCGCAAUAUCAUUUUUGCCUGCAGAUUGUUUAUUACAGUCUCAUGUAAAAAUAAUAAUAAUAAUACAUUUUAUUUCAAAGCACCUUUCAGGACACCCAAAGUCGCUGUACAGAAGAUAUAAAAACACGAAUAUACCAUGUGAAGCAGUUAGAGUAAGCUAGUUUGAACAGAUGAGUUUUGAGUUUGGAUCUGAAGAUGGGAAGGGUGGCAGAGUUACGGAGGUCAGGCGGCAAUGAGUUCCAGAGUUUGGGAGCAGAGCUUUCAGCCGCUCUGCAUAGUGCUAAGGCGUGCAGAGGGUACAGUGAGAUGGAGGGAGCGGGAAGGAUUGACAAUGUGGAUGAGGUCAGAGAGGUAAUGGGGGGGAAAGGUUAUGGAUGGACUUGGCGGUGAACAGAAGGAUUUUGUAGGUGAUUCUUUGAGUCACUGGGAGCCAGUGGAGUUGCUGCAGGAUGGGGUGAUUAAAUAAACAAUAAUGAUAACAUAGCUACUUGGAAGUUAUGAGCGUUGCACUGUGCCGCCAUGAAGCACACUGGAGACUGCUAUGUUUUCUGAUAUUGUUUUGGAGCUUUUGCAGCACACAACCUGUUUUGUUUGUUCAAUAAAGCCAGUGUUGAUCAACGACCUCCUC